UUUCUGUUUUGAUCAUCCCUUCGCCUUUUCAUGAACCACUUCCAAACCUACGUACCUGUCCUUCCACAGGAUAGUAGCUUUUCCCUGAACCCGAAUCUACCACCGGGCAAUUGGAAGAGUUUAGAUUAAAGAUUCCUUGUAAACCUAAAUAUGACAGUUGCUACUGGAGACCCCACGGAUGAAGCGGCAGCUUUGCCCGGUCACCCUCAGGACACGUAUAACCCCGAGACCGAUCAUGAGUGCUGUGAGAGGGUGGUCAUUAACAUCUCGGGGCUACGGUUUGAAACGCAACUCAAGACACUCGCUCAGUUUCCAGAGACCUUGCUGGGGGACCCUAAAAAGAGAAUGAGAUAUUUUGACCCUCUCCGGAAUGAAUAUUUCUUUGACCGAAACAGACCCAGCUUUGAUGCUAUUUUGUACUACUACCAAUCCGGUGGCAGGCUAAGAAGGCCUGUUAAUGUGCCCUUAGACAUCUUCUCCGAAGAGAUCCGGUUUUACGAACUCGGGGAAGAAGCUAUGGAGAUGUUCCGGGAGGACGAAGGCUACAUUAAAGAAGAAGAGAGGCCUCUUCCUGAGAAUGAGUUUCAGAGACAAGUAUGGCUGCUCUUUGAGUAUCCUGAAAGUUCAGGACCUGCCAGGAUUAUCGCUAUUGUCUCUGUCAUGGUGAUUUUAAUUUCUAUCGUGAGCUUUUGCCUGGAGACACUUCCCGUUUUUCGGGAUGAGAAUGAAGAAAUGCAUGGCGGCGGGGUGAGCCAUCCUUCGUCCUCCGACAACAGCACCAGCAACCAGCAAUCCACCUCAUUCACAGACCCCUUCUUUAUAGUAGAGACGCUUUGCAUCAUUUGGUUCUCCUUCGAGUUUUUGGUGAGGUUUUUUGCCUGUCCCAGCAAGGCUGGUUUUUUUACCAAUAUCAUGAACAUUAUUGACAUUGUAGCCAUUAUUCCCUACUUCAUCACCUUGGGGACCGAACUGGCUGAGAAACCAGAGGAUGGCCAGCAAGGCCAACAGGCAAUGUCUCUGGCCAUCCUUCGAGUUAUCCGCUUGGUGAGGGUCUUCAGGAUCUUCAAACUGUCCCGGCACUCCAAGGGGCUGCAGAUCCUGGGGCAGACCCUCAAGGCCAGUAUGAGGGAGCUGGGCCUCUUGAUAUUUUUCCUUUUCAUUGGUGUCAUCCUGUUCUCCAGCGCUGUCUACUUUGCAGAGGCUGACGAGAGCGCAUCUCAGUUCCCCAGCAUCCCAGAUGCAUUCUGGUGGGCAGUGGUUUCCAUGACAACAGUUGGCUAUGGAGACAUGGUCCCCACGACCAUCGGUGGUAAAAUAGUGGGCUCCUUGUGUGCCAUUGCAGGUGUAUUAACGAUUGCCUUACCAGUGCCGGUCAUAGUGUCCAACUUCAACUACUUCUACCACCGUGAGACCGAGGGAGAGGAGCAAGCACAAUACUUGCAAGUAACCAGCUGCCCAAAGAUCCCUUCUUCCCCUGACCUAAAGAAAAGCAGAAGUGCCUCCACAAUUAGUAAGUCGGAUUAUAUGGAGAUUCAGGAAGGUGUAAACAAUAGCAAUGAAGAUUUUAGAGAGGAGAACUUGAAAACAGCCAAUUGCACCCUAGCUAACACAAACUAUGUUAAUAUCACCAAAAUGUUAACCGAUGUCUAGUCCAGAAAACCUAUUAACAUAUUUAAAGCUGAAGUGGAACAAUUGCAGAUCUUGCAUAAUACCCUGCAUUGUAGUUAAUACAGUAUGUUCUACAGUGUGUAUUUGGUUCUGCAUGGGAAGCAAUAGUUGUGUAAGUGACUUUCUACCAUUUUAUUUAUACGCCAAAUAAGCUUUCAUGCAACAAUUGUUUUUGUCCAUCACAGGCUUAUGGGUUUCCAAAGAUAUGAAGCAUCUGAGCAUUUAGAGCAAAGUUAUAUCAUUGCAAUACCAGGGAUAUUGAACAAAAAGUUAUUCCAGGAACCUCAUGUAAACAGCAGCACUAAGAAAUGUCAAGCAGACAUGUAACAUUUCGUUGCACUCAACACGUACAAAAAUAUAUCCCACAGAAAUAGUAUGUGUCUCGCUUCCAAGCUUAUGGAAUUAUAUGAAAGGUCGUGCAUAAUUUAAUUAAAGGGCCAUACCUCCAUGCGUCCAAAUUACUUUAAGGUUCAGAUUUCUGACUCAGAAUUGCCAAGCAAGAGCACAUCAUGCAGGCUCAGGUUUCAUAACUGAAAAUGCUGCAUGCUGCAAUGGUUUCAUCCACUGCAGUAUAUCGGUGUGAGACCCAAGGGAGGGACAAUUAAUAUGACAGAGACCUUAUUUUUAAGUCUUAAAAUUUCUAUUCCAGUCAUAAGGAGGGACAAAUCAAUAAAUCAAAGCCUGGAUUUUAUUUAUUUAUUUAGAGGACUCUUCCAUUGUCACUGGUUCCAGGGUCACCAAAGACACAUCCAUUGACACUUUUGAAAUGAGUUGAAAAAGCAUCCUUUUUUCAAUAAAACUGGAGCAAGUAUGCUGUGGCCUAUAAUAUAUUUAUACUGCAGUGAAAAUUAAUCAGUAAUACAGUACAGCUGCAUGGAUAUUUGUUGCAUGAAUCUUAAUAUUUAAUACACACAAAAAUAUAUAUUUUCUUAGUAGACUAUACAGUAUUCAUGUUUAUAGUGUUUAUAGAUUCUCCAAUGGUUUGAAGGAGAUGUGUGGGAAAACAAAGGCUGGAUCAGAGAAAGGCAUGUGCUGGCUAUAAUCCGAUGGAUAAGCAAGGCAAAGGCGCUGUGUGCUCACAGUAUUUACAGCCACGAGUGCAGAAUGGUGCAAACGAAGGAAGGUGACCUGAAAGUGAGACACCUGUGCUCAUCCUGUGGGGUCCGACUUGAAAUUAAUCUUAGCGUCAUGAGCAAAUUUCUAGAGUUACCCAGAGACGGUACAAAGGUGAAGGAUUUUCUGACACUAUUGUUCAGCACCCAUAAGCUUUAUUGUGUAUUAUCAUAUUGUAUAUAUAGAGAGAGGCUGAGCCAGAUCCUCAGCUAGCGUGAAUCUGUAGCACUUCAGAACAACACCAGUUUACGCUAUUUGGGGAUUUGGCCUUGCGUGUGCAAUAUUCAUGUGAUGUGAAUUUGGACUUUGGCUAAGUUUAUGCAAUGUAAUACCAAUACAAGGAAAUGUAUGGGUGAGAUCAACUGUUGGUGUAAGCUGGCUGAAAUGGAGCUAGACUAAUUUACCCCAGCAGAGGAGGUGAUUUUUGUGUGACUGCAAUGCUGGGUUUAAGUGUUAAGUUUUGUCAUGGAAAGCUAUUGCCCUGUGAUUGACCUCUAUUACAAUGCAGAUACCAGAUAGCCUGCUGCUUUGGGGCAUGAAAAUUCAACCCCUGCCCUUGCUUACAUCUGCUGAACUCAGUUCGAUCAUACAGGUAUCACUGAAGGCAGGUUCAAGCCUCAGGUCCUCUAAGGGCCCUUUGUUGUCAGUCAGUGGGGCAGAAGUUUUUCACGACCCCAGAUCUUCAUAUUAAUUCUACCAUUUACAAAUGCGUCCUUGCCCUAACUGUGCUGCAGCCUCAGGCAGCCUCUUCGGAGCCUUUCUGUGGCCACGUCUACACUGCAAUCUGAGGUUUGAUUGCAGCAUAGGUGGGCAUACUGGAGCUGGCUUUAAUGUAGCGAACACAGGUAGCAAUCUCAGUGAACCAGUGCACACAGGGAUGUCAAUGGUGGCUAGCCACCCAAGUAAGAAGCCAAGGUGCUGGACUCCUUUGAACUGUUUACAGCAGAGCCCAGGUCACUCCUAGUAUUAUGUCUACAGCUGCAAUCCAGAAGUGUGAUCAUGAGCUAGCUCAGCACUGAUCAGCUCGGGUCUCGGUAGCAUUUUAGCCAUGGCAUCACGAGCUUCAGCAUGUCUGCGUAGGCACCCCUGAGUAAGUAUUCAGUGCCUGUGAUGUCUAUGCUGCUACAACUACACUGUCACUGAAAGCCCUGCUAGCAAGUUUAAAGUUAGUGUCGGUAUGUCCACACUGCAAUUACAUCUCUGGAUUUUAGCACAGAUACCCUGUGACUUUACUGCUAUUGGUGCCGGAGCUAGCAAGAUUAAAACUACACUAUGCAAGCCACAAUCACAUCUUUGAUUGUACUGCAGAUGUACCUCACAUUGUUUUAUUUCCAAGGGAAUGCUGCCCACUCAGCCCAGAGCAGAGCUGUUUUGCUUAGGGUCAGAUUUUUUUCACCCCAACUAAAUAGAAAACUUCCUUUGAACUUGAUGUGACUUUUCCCUGAGUGAGGGCCACAGGUGAGCUAUAUUCAGGUACAGAGACUUCAUUUCCCCAGUCAGCUCACAGGUCUGGCCUGGAGUACAUGUUUUAUACUAACCUUCUGCCUCUGAGUGAAUGUAGGGCUUGAUCUUCAGACUGGCCUAGUGAGUCCUCAAACUGGACCAAAUCCUAAAGUCUGUACUCUGUCUUUACUUUCCCACAGCCUCCUCUGCCCCAGGGAUUUCAAUGGGAAUUUCUCCUGAGUAAUGACUGUAGGAUUUGUAUCAUUCCCUUUCCAGUCUCAGGCUUAUUCAGGAAUAGUUGGGGGGCCAAAAAUUACCCCCCAAGAAUGUUUCAAAUGGAUAUUUGUUUCCCUUUGCCACAUAUCCCUCCUUAUUGAAUUCUGUUUUUCAAUAGCUGCAAGGUCCAGGAGCAGAGCUGACAGGCUGAACAGCAGCAGGAGAGAAGCGAAAUGCUUCUCCAUUGAUUAAACUCUUGGAAAGGUCUCUGAGAGAGAGCUGUGCAGUGAGAUCUCAAGCAGCUAGUUGGUCAUCUGUCUUCUGAGACCAACAACUGUUGACUAGAUACAGGAACGCUAGUGCCAAAUUUGUUUUGGGGCCCAGUCCAGCAAAGUACUGCGUAAGUGUUUAAAAAGAAGCACGCACUUAAGCAGUAUGCUGAAUUGGAGGCUUAGGGCUACAUCUUAUUUCCCAUUGAUGUACCUAGAUGGGACACAGCUGUGUAAGUGCCCCAAACUGCAGGUGCAUGGCUAUGCACCUAUAUUUAGGUGCAUAAAGGGGAAUACGAUUCAGCCUUUAGGCACCCGUCGACUUCAGUACAGGAUCAGGCUCUUUGGCCUGAUACAAAGCCAAGAGUAUAUCGAGGAAAUUCCUGGCGUUUGUCACGUUUAUAGAUUGCCAUGGCUGAUGGGAUUUAUUCUGACAUCUGCAAGUGCAAAAAAAGGGUGCUACUCC